AUGAAGACAAUAAAUUAUGACCAAACUAUCUUGACGGUGUCCUGCUACAGAAAACACAUGAUUUUAGAUACAAAAUACUAUGUUUAAGUACUACCUAAUUAGUUAAUUCUUUCUAAUGUAUUAUUAAAUUUUUAAUGAUAUUAGUCUCCUCGGUAAAUUAAUCCAAAAUAUAUUUUGGAAUUUAGCUUAGAGAAAAAAAUUCAUUGGGUAACAAAAAAUAAAACCACAAUUUUGGAAUAAUUUGGGUUUUAAUAUAAAGGAAAAAUAAAAUAUUUUUAUGGUCAAUCGACAGAUUUAUAUAAAUUGAAGGAUUGUAUGCAAGGAUAGAUAAUGUAUAAAGAAAUAAGUGAUUUUUAUCAGCCAUUAAGUUUAUUAGGUAAAGGAGGUUCUGCAAAAGUAUUAAAUUAAUUCAGUCUAGGUUUAUAUGGUCACUAAAAAAGGUUAUAAUGAGAAAUAUGCAUCAAAGUGUGUAGAUAAGAGAUAUUUAUAAGAAGAUGGAGGAUAUGUAAUAAAAUCUAAGUAAUUAAGGAUGCAUUAUUUAAUGAAAUAAGAAUCAUGCAAAAACUGAAGCAUCAGAACAUAAUUUAAUUGGUUGAUUUAUAUGAAGGAGAGUCUACAUUUUAUUUAAUUUUAGAAUAUUUAGCAGGGGAAAGUCUUCAUGAAAUGUUUAAUUAAAGGCAAACAAUUUUAGAACAUUAAUAGAUUUAGAUGAUAAUGAAAGUAACAUUUAAAUUUACAAAAGCUAUUACUAUAAGCUGUAUCUAACAUGCAUCUAAAUGGAGUUAUGCAUAGAGAUUUGAAACCAGAAAAUAUUAUGUUUAAAUAACUUAAUCAAUUUGAUACAUUAAAAAUUGUAGAUUUUGGUUUAGCAACAUUUUCAAGUGCUGAAGAAUAUCCUUUUCCAAAAUGUGGAACUCCAGGAUAUGUGGCACCAGAAGUGGCUAAUUUAAGAGAUUUAAAAUAAAAGUAUGAUAUGAUUUGUGAUGAAUUCAGUGUUGGAUGCAUAUUUUAUAAAUUGUAUUUAUUCAUUUAUACCUCAGAUGUACCAAUAAAGAAUUAUUUCCAGGUAAUGAAUACAAGGAGAUUUUAAAAUUAAAUAAAAAAUGUCAUUUAAAUUUAGAUUCACUUGCAAUAUACAAAACUCCUCAAGAAGCUUGCGAUCUAAUAUAAAAAUUAUUGAAAAUAAAUCCUAAAGAUAGAAUGACUGCUUAAGAAGCUCUUAGUCAUCCUUAUUUUUCAUAAAAGUUUGAAACUAAAAAAUCAAAAUUCUAAUCUUCUAAUUUAAAUAAAUAAAAUCCAGUAUUUUAAACUUAAAACUUCUAACCUAUCUCAAAAUUAAUUAAUAUUGACGAUGAUGAAGUUGAGGAUGAAAAUUGUAAAUAAUUAUAGGUUCCUGUUAUGAAUGAUCUAAAAUCUUUCGGUCUCAUAGCUUAUUCUAAUUUAGAAAAAAAUAAAUUUUAAAUCAAUUAAAAUGGUAGAAGAAACUUUAAAAAAUGCCAAACUUCAGAAUUUGAAUAACAUUAAAAUAAUCUAAAAAAUUAGGUAAACAAUUCUAAACCAUCUUUCAUUCUUAAGAGUGAUUUAAAUGAAGAAUCAUAAUAACCAAAAUAACAUUGUCAAAAACAUAAUACUUUAAUUAACAAUUUUCUAAAAAUUGGAGGAAAAUAAGAAAUGUGCAAGAUUGAUGAAGACAUUGAAGAAAAUGGUUAUUAAAUAUGA